AUAAUAUAAAUCGUUUAAUUGGUCCGAUAAAUAUUUUAAACUCUCAUUAAUGAUAGUAGCUUAUUAACUUUUAAAAAAUCACGAAAUGAUUGAAUUUGUACGUAACUAAUCAUUUGUUGUUGGUCUAUUUGUAGAUGGAAAACAUUUAUUCGCAGAUUUUUGGAUUCCAAAGUACAGAAAUUAUUGAAAUUAUUAAUGGAAGUACAGUGGUGGAUCACAGAGUCACUUUUCAGUACUCUCACAGUCCUGAUAACUCUCCGGACCUCAACGACUUGCAAAACAGUAUAGAAAAAGCAUUCAGUAAUACGACAUGCAUUCUCCAGGACAGCAUUACAACUUCACCAGAGGAAAACUGCAUGGGAUUUUAUUUGGACGUCAAUAAGACAGUUACAGCUGCAGACAAUACAGUUGUCAACGGUGUGGCAGAUUGGUGUCGAUAUGUUCAACUCAGUCAAUACUAUGAGUAUUUUGCAAACGGCAACACUUCAGAGUGUAUUUCUGAAUGUGUUGUAAACCACUCAAAAUAUCACACGUGUGGGCCUGGAACGUGCCAAAUACAUGCAACUGGACCGGUGUGUGAGUGUCCGGAUGAUUUCAAAGGAGCCAAUUGUGAAGAGCCCGUAGAUUCCACUAAUAUUCUUUUAAUAAUUGGCAUCGUUAUGCCACUCACACUGCUGCUCAUGGUCAUCGUCACCAUCAUAGUCGUGGUCAUCAAGAGACACAAACGCAGGAGGUCCCGUGCUUCUGGAUCAGGACAUUAUGAAAAGUACAGUGAAGGACGUGACAACCCAAACUACAUGGCGGGUGACAUCAACGAUGAUUUCGAUUAUCCGCUCGGAGCACUCCACCCCAGACUUACGAAGGUUAGCCAGGAAGAGAUAACAUUCAAGAGGCCUCAAGUGAUUGAGGUGGCAUUUUAGGGUGACAUUUAACGCACAGACAAACUUGCGCGGCUUAUAAAGUCCACUCCAAUAAGAACUGAUAAUCACAACAGCUGAGAAAAUUUUACAUCAAGAGAUAUACUUUGCAGUGAACUGUCAGUAAUUCGACCUCAUGGAGUCUGCGAUUGCAUAACUCAUACACCUUUACAGUCAUGAAAAAUGGCAGAAAGCGCGAUAACACAUACAUUGUUUUUUGGACUUAAGAUAUCUUUGUCAUCAUAAGACUUGAUUGUUUAAUCUACAUUACCUCAUGGUUUUAUAUUCCAACAUGCAACUUCUAUCUCAUAUUAUUUAAUACGAACAUUAGUUCAGUGCAUUUGGAAUUGCUAUUCAAAUAAUUACUUCCAAACGGAAAACUUGUAACAUUUCAAAUUACAUGCAAACUUUCAAUAUAUGACCGCAACGUUAAGCCGGGAUUAUGGCAAAUUCUUUGUCAGUAAUUACAAUCCAAAUUCCUAAGCACUAACACCGUGCUACACACUAAUAAUGUUACGUGACAAAAGACUAACAUCACGGGACAACAGUAUACAACCAGUAAAAUAUACAAAACAAAUGUUUAAAUAAACAAUAAUAUAUAGUACUAACAGUCCUCGACUUACGGACACAAUUCGUACCUUGGACCCGUUCGUAAGUCGAACGGUUUGUAAGU